AAUUUGCUUUUUGAGUGUGUUGUGUAUAUUAUUGAACUUCUGCCUAGUAUUUUAUUGGAGCAAAUGUGUUAUAAUUCUCUAAAUUUCAUUAAAAUUAAAAAAAAUUAAUAUUAAAUCGUUUCCAACCAUAAGUUGCAAGCGCAUGCGCUUUCUCUCUUUUCCGCCAUAUUUAUUUCGUUUUUUUUUAUUGUUCGUUUAACAUCAGUAUCGUAAACUAGCUCUAUGGCUGCCCAGCAAUCUGCCCUGUUACUUCGUAAGCAAUUAAAUGAACUAAAGAAAAAUCCUGUUGAGGGUUUUUCUGCAGGCUUGAUUGAUGAUAAUGACAUUUACAAGUGGGAAGUGCUCAUCAUUGGACCACCAGAUACUCUAUAUGAAGGGGGCUUCUUUAAAGCUCAUUUGUAUUUUCCCAAAGAAUAUCCUUUGCGGCCUCCUAAGAUGAAGUUUAUAACAGAGAUAUGGCAUCCAAACAUCGACAAAACAGGUGAUGUGUGCAUAUCAAUUCUGCAUGAGCCUGGAGAUGACAAAUUUGGCUAUGAAAAGGCAUCUGAAAGAUGGCUACCAGUCCAUACAGUAGAAACUAUUUUAAUUUCAGUUAUUUCCAUGCUGGCUGAUCCUAAUGAUGAAUCUCCUGCCAAUGUAGAUGCUGCAAAAGAAUGGCGGGAAAACUACACAGAGUUUAAAAGGAAAGUUGCCCGUUGUGUGAGAAAAAGUCAAGAAGAUGUUUAGGGAUUACUUUUAUAGAAGAAAGAAUUGGUAAAAUUGGGGAGGAAAGUCAAACUUCAGAAGCUGCACUGAACUGAAUUGCUCAUAACUUUCCUGCUAGCAAAAUGACUUACAAACUGACCACAUAAACUGUGAUUCCUCUUCUCGCUGCAGGAAUUUAUGGAGCAACUUUUUUGUUUAGUAUUAUUUCAUUUUCCUUUCUAUUAUUAUUUAACAGUGGGAGUGUUUUUAAUAAGAUCGUUGCUCUGAGGACAUUUCUCUGGCUUUGAUUUACUUUGCACCCCCAUAUUCACAAUGAUCUCCUGUGCUUGUAAGAAACAAAAAAACAACAAAAAACUGUGCAUCCAAUAUCUUGGAUUGUCUAAUAGUACAACUAAAAGAACUUGAGCUACCUGCAAAGUCAAAUUUUGAAGACAGAAACUUGUGCGAUUUUUAUUUCCCUCGGAAGUCUCUCAGAACUUGGGCGACUCCUCUCACAACAGCUGCUGUCUACUAUUUCCAUGUUUGUACAGUUCUCAAAUAGAUGGCAACAAACAAGAAAAAGUUUAUAUGCUUAUAAGUAUCAAUUGACAUUAGUUAUUUUUUAUAGUAACUAGUGAGCAACUUCAUCUGCAGUUCGCCCACACUUUGAUGAAAGUUCUUCACUUCUGGGUUUUCAAAUUCAAUCAUUUUAAUUUAAAUAUUUUCUAUUUUAAAACAAAAGAAAAAUAUGAAGGGUAAUCUAACUUUGUGGUGCAAAGACAAUCCAUACCUCAUACAAGCAGCCAAAGAAGUUUGUUCAGAUUUCAAAUGUGUGAUAAGUUUUUUUUAUUUGAUGUACCACUCUUAAUAAGAUUUUGUUCAUGUCUUUAAUUAAAUAAAUGCAAUUGAUACAAUAUAAAUGGUUUUUACAUGUAUACAUCUUAAUUUCAAAUAUAUUCUUACUAUUCUAAAAAAAAAAAUUCAAUAUUCAUUAAAAUAAUACUUUAUUUUACAUGUCAAUGCCAUUUUUUUCUUAUUUGCUUAAAGAAGGAAAAAAAAAUCUAAAAGAACAGUUUUAAAGGCAUUGAAGUGCUGAUGGUUAAAUUAUCUUCCUCUAUAAACUUGGUAUGACUUUUUUGCAUUGUUUAAAAAAAUUGCUGUAUUGUAAAAAAAAUAAAAGUGGAAAAAAGUAUUUUUGCUGAUUCUUUUUAAUAUUGGUCUUAAUUGUAACUUAUUUGACAUAUUAAAAAUAAAUAUGAAUUGAAAAAAUA